UGAGUCAUGGGCCGCUGCCUUGAGUCUGUGAGCUGGGGGCGAGGGUCUGGACACCUAGGUUCUCCAGGGCUACUGGGAGGUGGGGGUGGGUUGAGGGUCCUGAAGACAGCGGAGGGCCAGGGGUUGCGGCGGGAAACGGGUGAGUCGAAAAGUCUAGUCCCACGCGGGGUCUCUGGAGCGAGGCCCCGCCCCCUCGGGCCCCGCCCCGCGCCCCCUUCCCUUUCCCCAUUGUCCUCAGACAAAGCGGUCGCCGCCCCCCGCCCGGCCCCCAGGUCUCUGUCUCCGUCCCUCCUCCUCUACUCCGUCUUCCCUCCUCCUCCUUUCCUUCCCUCCUCCCCUCCCUCCUGUCUCCGGAUCUCCCUCAAUCCCACUCUCCUCCUCUUCCUCUCUCCUCCUCCCUCCGGACGCCAGGCUCCUCCGCACCCCCUCCCCUGGGAGCCCCGCUGGCUAGUGAGUUGACUGAGGGGCUUCAGACUUGGGGAAGGGGUGUCUCCUCCCUCUGUCCCCGCUCCUGCCCCCAGCCAGGACCUUGGGCUGUCUCCUCUUUGUGCCGAGAUUGUCUGUGCGGUCCGAGCUGGGUGGGGAUGGCCGGCUAUGUCAGGGUUCCGUGAGAUCGGAGACCCGGGCAUAGGACUCGAAGGUCCGGAGAGCAGAGUCGUGGAGCCGGUGCUCCGCACCCAGGGUCCCGGGCCCGGCCGGUGGGAGAGGCAAGCGGUGGUGGCGGGACGGGUGGGGGUGGACGCCAGGGUUCCGAAAGUCCCCAAGGGAGGGUAUUUCCCCCCGACCUGCCUGGGGGCGGAGUGCAGGGCGGAGGGGUGGCGGCUGGGGGCCGGAGAGGCGUGGCCCGAGCGGAUCUGGGAGGGGAGCCAGGACCUCCCCUGCCCGCGCUGAAACGCGCGCCCCGCUCCUCCCGCGGAGCUCUAUUUCCCCUCUGCCCCCGGAGUCCCCUUGCUCCCCUGGACCUCUCCACUCUCCGCCCCUCCUCACCUCCCCGCCCCCCCCUCCUCAGGUCCCACCACCCCUUCUCGGGCGGGAUUCCCUGACCUCCCUUCCCACUCUAACCGCCUCUGGAGUAGCUGUGGGGAAACCUCGCCUGACCCCUACUCGUACCCCCGCAACACCCCCUCCCCCGCCUCUCUUUUCUCUCUCCUCCCUCAUGCCGGCUUCUUUUUCCGCCUUUCUCUCCUCUCACAUCCUUGGGACUGUGAUACCAUUAACCGUACAUUACCAAAUCUGACUCCUGCCUCUUUGCCCUGAAUCUCCACUCUUCCUCUCACUGCCACGACCCCACCCCCACUUGGUCCACAGCUUUUUCUUCACUUUCUUAGUUUCCCUCUUUCUCUGCUUUCCGUCUUCUCCCUCUUUCCCUCUGUCUUCACCCUCAGCUCCUUUGCCCAUCUCUGUGUCCCACCUCUCCCCCUCUACUUCCUCUCCGCCCACCCCCAGUCUCACCCCCAGGGCCUCUGGAGCCUCUCCUUCCUGUUCUCUGGCCCCAGCGCUCUGCACCCUUACCUCAACGCGGUCAUGGCCACCAUCCCAGACUGGAAGCUACAGCUGCUAGCCCGGCGACGGCAGGAGGAGGCAGCCCUUCGUGGCCGGGAGAAGGCAGAGCGGGAGCGUCUGUCCCAGAUGCCAGCCUGGAAGCGGGGGCUCCUGGAGCGCCGCCGGGCCAAGCUUGGUCUGUCUCCUGGGGAGCCUAGCCCUACACCUGGGACUACAGAGGCUGGACCUCCAGACCCAGAUGAGUCGGCUGUCCUCCUAGAGGCCAUUGGGCCAGUGCACCAGAACCGAUUCAUUCGGCAGGAGCGCCAGCAGCAGCAGCAGCAGCAGCAGCAGCAGCAGCAGCAGCAGCGUAAUGAAGAACUACUUGCAGAAAGAAGGCCUGGGACUUUGGAGGCCAGGGAGCAGAGACCCAGCCCUGGGGAGAUGCGGGAUCAGAGCCCCAAGGGAAGAGAGUCGAGAGAAGAGCGGCUCAGUCCCAGGGAGGCCAGAGAGAAGAGGAUAGGGGGAGCCCGAGAGUCGAGCCCCAGGCCUUCAGAGGCUUGGGACUGGAGGCAGAGCCCAGGAGAGGCUGGAGAUAAGAGCUCCAGACUGUCAGAAGCGCGGAAAUGGAGGCUGAGCCCGGGAGAAACUCCAGAGUGGAGUCUGAGACUGGCAGAGCCUGGAGAACAAAGCCCGAGGAGAAAAGAGGUGGUGGAAAGUAGACUGAGCCCAGCGGAGUCUGACAACCAGAAGAUGGGCCUGACAGAGGCCCAUAAAUGGAGGCCCGACUCUGGAGAGUCUCAGGAACAGAGUUUGGUACAACUGGAGAUAUCAGAGUGGAGGCUGAGCUUAGAAAAAAGAAAAGACUGCUCAGAGGAAUGUGGGAGAAAAGAAGAGAGGCCAAUUCCAACGCUGGCCUCAGAAGAGAUUACAGAGCUGUCAGAGACCCUGAGUAGGGAGGCUCCAGAGAGCAGCUCUGGAGAAGUGGAGGCAGCAGAACAAAGGCGUAGUCCUGUGCAGGAUGGUGAGAGGGGACUGAGGCUGACAGAAGGAUGGAAAUGGACCCUGAAUUCUGGGAAGGUUCGAGAAUGGACACCCAGGGACACAGAGACUCAAAUUCAGAAACCAGUCCCCCCAGAGUCUGCUGAGAAGUAUCUGGGACCCUUUGGUACAGAGGCUGGAGAAGGCGAGGCUGAGAAGGAGAAGGCGGGGGCUCUGGGCAGGCCUUUGAGAACCCUGCAGAACUGCAGCUCUGUGCCCUCCCCCUUCCCACCAGAGGACGCUGGGACUGGAGGCUCUAGAGGGCAGGAAGAGGAAGCAGUGCAACCCCGGCCCCCACCAGCAGCCCCUCUGUCUCCCCCACCCCCAGCCCCACCUGCUCCCCAGUCCCCUGGGGAUCCCCUCAUGAACCGACUGUUCUAUGGGGUGAAGGCAGGGCCAGGGGUGGGGGCCCCUCGCCGCAGUGGACACACCUUCACAGUCAACCCCCGGCGGUCCCUGCCCCCUGCAGCCCCCACCACUCCUCCGGCCACCCCAGCCACAGCUGAUGUUGCAGUCCCCGGAGCUGGGAAGAAGCGGUACCCAACUGCUGAGGAGAUCUUGGUUCUGGGGGGCUACCUCCGUCUCAGCCGCAGCUGCCUUGUCAAGGGGUCCCCUGAAAGGCAUCACAAACAGCUCAAGAUCUCCUUCAGCGAGACAGCAUUGGAGACCACGUAUCAAUACCCCUCUGAAAGUUCAGUGCUGGAGGAGCUGGGCCCAGAGCCUGAGGCUCCCAGUACCCCCAGCCCCCCAGCGGCCCAACCCGAUGACGAAGAGGAUGAGGAAGAGUUGUUGCUGCUACAACGGGAGCUCCAGGGCGGCCUGCGCACCAAGGCCCUGAUCGUGGAUGAGUCCUGCCGGAGGUGACCCUCUUCCAACAUAGGGUCUAUACCUUCCCCUUUCCCAGAACUGAAGAUCCUGGAGCCCAGAAGAUUGAGAACAGAGAAACCCUGAACAUGAGCUUGGAAGGGAAGGCAACCGACAUCUUCCAACUUGCUUUCCUCAUCCUGUUUAUAGGGGCAGAGCUAGUUACCCAGUUUCCACAUUCACCAAAGGUCUCUGAUGUGAGUGCAUCAGACAUGCUGGUGCACCCUGGGUGAUUCAAGAGUGAGCAUCAAGUCCUGGGGAGGAGCACAGAGCUCAUGGGGGUGAGGGGUUGGGGGAGGGAGAUGAAGCACCUCUUAUAUCUCCAUGGACAGAGUACACUCUCCAGCCUUCCUUUACUCCCCACCACCCCUUGAGGGCUCUUACAAUUUAAACACUCAUCCUGGGCAGCCUGCCCCCAUUCUAUUUACAGGCCCCUCUCCUUCCUGUUCCUUAGGUCACUGCCCCUUUGUUUACAGCUCCUGCCACCUCCCUUGACCACCAGCCUGGUUUACAAACCCCACUAGCUCCCAGCCCUACCUGCCAAAGUCCCAGGUUUACAACCACACCUACAUGUUGAGUCUAUGUGGAAUCCUCUCCCCUGUCCCUGGCAGCUGCCUCAUUGGGGGUGUGGCUUCUUCCACUUUUGCUCAGUCUGUACCUCUGUUUUCCCCAAGAGGAAAGUCUGGGAAUCCUAACCCUAACCUUGUACCCCCAUUUAGUUAUUUAAUUCUGUUCCUCCUAGUGGUUCACAAUUGAAUUGCAAGGGUGUGGAGUGACAAACAAUGCACCUCAACUCUUCUCUCCCAUUUCUCCUUCCUUAUCAACUGCCUGUUUGGUUUUUUGUUUGUUUGUUUGUGGUUUUUUUUUGAAGUUUUCCAUAAUAAAAUGGAGAUCUCUCCAACUCUC